CGUAUUUCGUACUAUAUAAGUCCACCUAAAACAAUUCCAAUUCGUCAGUUGAGUUUUGUCUUCCACAAGUCGAAAAUCAAUCGCAAUAUUCCAAAAUGAAUAAGUUGUUCGCCGUAGUUGCAGUACUUCUUGCUGUGCAGAUUUCUUCUGCAAGAGUAGUCCGUGAUGCUCCAGCUUCUUUAGCAUUGGGAGAUUUGGCUAAACAAGCCGAAGAUGCUAUUGGAACGUUGCAUUCAAAGUUUUUGGAAAUUGUUGGUGUUAAGAAUGACAACGAAUUCAUCAAACUGUUGGAGAACCAAGGGCGGUCGUAUGCUUCAAAGAUUCAGAGCUACGCCAAGUUGUUGGGAGAUGAGGCCAAGGCAAAUGCAGGAAAAGCUGAUAAAGUCUUCCAAGGAUUGCAGACAAGGCUCACACAAACUGUGGAUGAACUCAAAUCAAAGAAUCCAGAAAUUUUCGCUAAUGUUGAAAAGUUCCAAGGACAUUUGAAAGCUGUGCUCAAGGACACCGAGCAAUUCAAUGCAAAAUUGAAGGAAGAAGGAAAAGUGAUCUCAUCAAAUGUCGAGGAAGUGCUCAAGCAAAUUUACGAUAGCACUGUCCAAACCGCUCAGAAGGUAGCCAAUGAAAUUGAAUCGAAUUUAAAGCAGAAGAAGACCAAGUAAUUUAGAUUAAAGAUUGAAAAAAGACUGAACAAAUUAUGAAAUAAAGUAAUUUUUUAUUAGCACAUA